GAGGCAACUCAUAUAUAUUAAGGCAAAUAUAUCAUUCUUAUUAUUUCAUCUUAUUUGUCAAUAUCUGGCAAUUUAUCGUCGCGGUGCAAUUCCAAAGACAGCCAGGUGCACUACAGUAUGUGGACUGGCCUGUACCUGUACCGCUGCGCUCGGCCGCCUUUCCCCUCCAAAAACUCCACUGUCGUCACUGCUACACUCCAAAUUUGAGGUCUAGCUUGCGCACAGCAUCUUUCCUUCGACACCGUCGUCAUCUACAUUGCCACUAGCCGACAACAAUAUAGUUUGGUCAACAGACAUGUCAGAGAAAAAGACUCCGCAAGGCCCCCCGCCUGAAUAUUCAGAAGCUGCCGCUGAGCAUGGCGCUGCUCCCUCCAGCGGGCCGGCCCCUCCGCGUCCCAACGGCCCUCGCCGACCUCUGCCGUUAGAUAUCCCGAUUAUCAAGCACCUCAAUUCGAAGAGAGUUAUUCUAGCAUCGGCCUCUCCUCGCCGUAAGAUGCUUCUCCAACAGAUUGGCUUAACCAAUCUCGAAAUCCUACCAUCGGACAAGCCCGAAGAUCUCGACAAAUCUGCAUAUGAUCCAUUCGCAUACGUAUCCGAGACAGCUAGAAAGAAAUGUCUCGAUGUUUACCAAACUGCACUGGAAACACACCUCGCAUCGAUUCCAGAUCCUGAUCUGGUCAUUGCCGCCGACACCGUUAUUGUGACCCGCGAUGGACGAGUUCUAGAGAAGCCUCGUAGCGAAGUUGAGCAUAUUCGCAUGCUGAAGCAUCUACGAGACACCCGUGUGCAUCGAGUGCUGACAUCCAUCACGGCUAUUGCUCCCCGCGAAGAUGCUCGACACCCCGGCUACGAGAUCGCGCAUCAUACAGAAGAAACUAAGGUUUUCUUUUGCUCUGAGGAGAACGGUCUGCCCGAUGAUGUUAUUGAAGCAUACGUUAAGACCCGAGAGGGUGUUGAUAAGGCCGGCGGCUACGGAAUCCAGGGAAUGGCAGGGCUGAUCCUGGUCGAAAAGAUUGAAGGCAGCUUUGACAACGUCAUUGGCUUACCAGUAAGAAAAUGCUUGGAGCUGGCCGAGAGGGUUAUUUUCAAGCAGGAUGUCGAUGAGGAUGAUCAAGAUUCUGGCGAGGAAUAGACAGUCUAGAUGAUGGUAGAUAAAAGCGAUCAAAUGCAUUUAUGACUUGCCUUG